ACAGCCAUGGGGAGAAGAGGAGAGAGGACAGUGAAAACAUAUGGUCGUCAUCGCCAGCGUGUCAUCUCUUCUGAUGUGUGGAACAAUGCUGUGGCCAUUGACAAGAGAGAGGCAGAAAAGAAUGUGUUCAGUACCAGUUCUAGUAUGGACUCCCUGUCGAUGUCACAUAACAGUACUGGUGACUCAGUGUUCCAGCCACGAAAAACGAGGAACAGUAAAAAAAAUAAAGAAAAUUCACAGCAAGUCCUGAGAAGACAGAACCUAAAGAAAAUGGACUCCAGUGGAGGGGAGAGUGCCUCAAGUACAUGUAGUGAAGGACUUUUCAGCAGCAACACACGUCCUCGCAGAGCACUCAGAGAUCGCAGCAAUGUGAAGGAAACUGAGUUAAAGACAUAUGGAAAACGAAAGCGGGGCCAGAUAUCUGCCCUACACCGUUAUAGUUUGUCAAAGAAUGCUUCAGCCUCAUCCUCUGCGCCCUCACUUUACAACUUCAGCGACUUUGAUGACUACAGUCUUGUGAUAUCUGGUACCCCAGGUCAGGUAAAUGGAAAAAACUCCUUCCAGAAUAGUCCCACAUUUUGUUCUCCCUGUCAUCUCAGGUCUGGUAAAAAACUUCAGAUAGAAACUAGUACACCCUUCGCCAAAAGGUUCCAGCCAGGUACGCCUCUCAGGAAGGAAAAUGGAGAUUUGUCUCACAUUGAUAUCAUUGAUAGUCCUAUUGCUAAGCUUAUUGAGGACAAGGACAUUUCUCAGGAAUCCGAGGAGGGAUCCUGUCCAGAAUUACACAAACUGGGGAUCUCCAGUAUUGUGGAGGGAUCACAGAUAUUGUCCACCCCGUCUGUACACCAAGUCUCCAAUAGUUCAACCAAGUCUUGUGGUUCUAGUUCAGCAAAAAGUCCCUUUGAUGACUGUAUGGUUGAGCUGGUGAGACUACGAGAAAGUUUCCUAUCCAUGCAUGUGAGCAAAAACUCAAAUAAAGUGUUAGAUAACUCGCGAAGCCUCUUUAGUGACAUUAGUUUACACACAGAUGAAAGUUCUACUGAUGAUAAUACCACUGAGAACAGUGAAGAAAAUGAAUCAUCAUCAGAUGAUGAGAUUGUUCUGAGUGAUAUAGCGGAAAAUGAAGAACUGGAUGAGGAAAGUGAUGAAAUUGAUGAUGAUGAAAUCAGUAGUAUUCCUUCAAAAGGUUCACCUAAUAACUCAACACAUUAUAUGUUGGUUGGAGAUGUGGAGGAAGAGGUUCUUGAUGAUACUGAAAAGGAAGAGAUUCAGGAAUUGGAGUCAGCUGAUGAUGAGGAGGAAGAGGUUGAUGAGGAAGAUGAUGUGUCUUCUAAUUCUUCCUACAAUACAGCCGAUAGUGAGUCUGAGGAACCUUCUUACCACACUGCUGACACCACUAACACAACGCCUCUAAUGAGUCAAGGUUGCCUGAGAUCUAGAGAUAGACGACAAGACUUGAAUGAGUCCAUGUUUGAUGUGCUAACCCCUCAAAAAUGUGAAGAGUCCAUCAUCGAGGAACCCCCGCAUACUAAAGUCUACCAGGUGUGUCAGCAGAAGUCACCAAUACCUUUUAGGACAUGUAUUCCUGACAGAAUGAUGACACUGUGCACUAAAGUGGGAGAAGGUGUCUAUGGAGAGGUGUUUCGUACACAAAACAAGGGCGAGUCGGUCGCCAUAAAGAUAAUUCCUAUUGAAGGGUCUUUCCCUGUGAAUGAUGAACGCCAGAAAACCUUUGGUGAAAUGCUCCCAGAGAUUGUGAUAUCCAGAGAGCUUAGUUCCUUGCGUUCACUUAAGAAAUCCUUUACUCCAAACUUCUGUCAAGUAAACAGAGUGUCAUGUGUACAGGGGCGAUACCCUGCCAAACUACUGAAGGAGUGGGAAGUAUUUGAUAAAAAAUGCCAGUCACAGAAUGAUAAACCAGAUGUGUUUGAUGAUGACCAGCUAUUCAUUGUGUUUGAGUUUGCUGAUGGUGGCCGGGACUUAGAGUCUUGUCAGUUCCAGAACAUCUCUGAGGCAAAAAGUGCCCUCGCCCAAGUGGCAUUUUCAUUAGCAGUUGCAGAAGAGACACUGGAGUUUGAACACAGGGACUUGCAUUGGGGUAAUGUUUUGGUAAAGAGGACUGAGGCACCGGAGAUUCACUAUCGUUUGAUGGGAAAGGACUACAGUAUACCCUCCCACAGGGUGGAGACAUGUCUCAUAGACUUCACUCUGUCUAGACUUAGGAAAGAUGGCUGUGUUGUGUACAAUGACCUUUCCACCGACGAGACUCUGUUUGAUGGCUCAGGGGAUCUGCAGUUUGAUAUCUACAGACAAAUGAAGGAAAACAAUGGUAAUAAUUGGGAACCAUUCCAUCCUCGUACAAACAUCAUGUGGUUACACUAUCUUGCGGACAAGUUGGUGCGUUCAAAACGAUAUGUGCGCAACUCCCGUGAAGACCAAAGCAACUUGAGACAGUUCAGAAAUUUCCUGAAAGACAUUUUGGAUUAUAACAGUGCCUGUGAACUUGUUACCUGUAGUGAUUUUCUUAAAUCCUGAUAGAAUGUGUUAAGAUUCUGUCUGUGAACAUGUGUGUGUGAGAACUUAUUUUAUUUCACUUUCAGUGUGAAGGUAGGUGUAUAUAUGACUGUUUUAACAGCGACUUCCCCAAGACUUAUGAAUGUGUAUGCCUGUAAUCAUACACAUGUACAAUCAAGAACCUGUGUGAGAAGUUGGAACUAAUUUUUUUGUC